CCAGCUGAUCAGCUCUAAUUUUAAGUUUGUUUUUGCCGGUAUGCGAAUAUUGUGGUGUUUUUUGAUUUUUUAUUUAUAAAUAAAUAUAUUUAAUAUAAAGUUAUGAUUCCUACUGCAAUAUACACGUUCGCAUUACUGUGUCUGUUGCCUAAAGGUCACAGGUGCAGUCAAGCACCUGCCAAACCUAUUGUGGGUUUGCAGUUAAGCGAUUCUGGAAUGCACCGCGAUCUCAUAUACAAUGUUCAGUUUACUAAUGCCUUAACUGACAAAAGCUGUGACUACAUCUUGGAGCAGCUGCUCCCUGCAGGUGUCUAUAUUAGUGUUGAUCAAUUAGACGACCUGAAACGGCUACAGAAAUUAAAUGGUAUAUUUCCGGAAUUCGUUGAUGUUGAAUCGCCAACAGAGAAAUCGAAAUCCUUUACAAUUAUGUUAAAUGGUGUGCCACAAGCAAAGGACGUCAUUAAGUUGCCUAUACAUUAUCGCUACCACGCUCCAAGUAAAAAUCACAAUACUGUUUUUAGUAAAUUCGCGACUGUUGAGAUACCCAUACCGAAAUUGUAUAUAAAAUGCAAAACACUUGAAGACAACUCUAUUGAAGAAUUAUUGGAGACAGCAUCUAAAUAUAAUUAUUGCCUAAAUGAACGUAGCAUAAGUUUUGUAACCAAACCUUACGAAAAUAAUAGUAACUCAUCACCGAAAUCGAAUCAUGAUUUAUACGAAAAUUGCGACUGGUAUUUAGUUGAUGUACAUUUCCAACUUAAGACGGAUUUACGAGCCGACAUACCGAUAGGAAACGAAAAGGCUUUCCCUCCUAUUUUAUAUGCUACAAUCAUAAUAAGUUGGAUUAUAUCCUUAUAUACAGUGUUUCGCACACAUUCUAUACCUCGACGCAUUAACUAUAAAUUAGAAGAACAACGAAUAUUGCAAAAUAAAAUGAAGUAACAACACUGUAUAAAAUGUAA